AAAAAUGCACACAAAAGGAGAGAGAAGUCUGUGAACUUAUUGAAGCAAUUGAAUCGCUCUUUCUCUUAAUUUUCUCAGAUCUCUGUUAGCUUUUCCUUUUUGGAGGGAUAAACUGUUGAGGUUUGUGGUGGAGAGAGAGUCUAGUCUGCUCCAAGAUUUCGGGUGAAUAGCAAUGGGAAGAGGAGGGGAAGAUUAUGGGAAGAGAGAAGAUCUUGGUGCUAACUCGUCAAGUCAAGAAACUUUCCCUGAUUGGGCCAGGGAUGCUUCAGAAUGUGAAGAGAAGCACCAAGUGAAAAGACAAUUUGGAUUGUCUAGUGAUGAAGUUGAGAAAAGGCGUCAGAUCUAUGGAUGGAAUGAGUUUGAGAAACAUGAGGGGACGUCGAUUUUCAAACUAAUCCUGGAACAAUUUAAUGACACGCUAGUUAGGAUUUUGUUGGCUGCAGCAGUUAUAUCGUUUGUCUUGGCUUGGUAUGAUGGUGAGGAAGGAGGGGAGAUGGAGAUAACCGCGUUUGUGGAGCCGCUUGUUAUAUUCUUGAUCUUGAUAAUUAAUGCUAUUGUGGGAAUAUGGCAGGAAAGCAAUGCAGAGAAGGCAUUGGAUGCUUUAAGGGAAAUUCAAUCAGAGCAGGCAAAUGUGAUCCGUGAUGGUAAGAAGGUCUCAAAUUUGCCUGCAAAGGAACUUGUACCUGGGGAUAUUGUGGAGUUGAAGGUUGGUGAUAAAGUGCCUGCCGAUAUGCGGCUUUUGAGUUUGAUAAGCUCAACAGUAAGAGUUGAGCAAGGGUCCUUGACUGGAGAGAGUGAAGCUGUGAGCAAGACUGUGAAGCCUGUUCCUGAGAAUUCUGAUAUUCAAGGGAAGAAAUGUAUGGUUUUUGCUGGGACCACUGUGGUGAAUGGAAACUGUAUAUGCUUGGUCACACACACAGGCAUGAAUACAGAGCUCGGAAAGGUGCACUCCCAGAUUCAGGAAGCAUCUCAGAGUGAAGAUGACACUCCAUUGAAGAAGAAGUUGAAUGAAUUUGGAGAGGUUUUAACUAUGAUAAUAGGUCUUGUUUGUGCAUUGGUUUGGCUUAUAAAUGUGAAAUAUUUCCUUAGUUGGGAAUAUGUUGAUGGUUGGCCAAGAAACUUUAAGUUUUCAUUUGAGAAAUGCACAUAUUACUUUGAGAUUGCUGUUGCAUUGGCUGUAGCUGCUAUUCCAGAAGGUUUACCAGCAGUUAUCACAACAUGUUUGGCACUGGGAACUCGAAAGAUGGCCCAGAAGAAUGCACUUGUCAGGAAGCUGCCUAGUGUUGAGACUCUUGGUUGCACAACUGUUAUCUGUUCUGACAAAACAGGCACUUUGACUACCAAUCAGAUGGCUGUUUCAAAGCUUAUUGCUAUGGGUUCAACGCCUGACACCCUACGAGCAUUUGAUGUGGAAGGGACCACCUAUAAUCCUUUUGAUGGAAAAAUACAAGGCUGGCCAGUAGGUCAAAUGGAUGCCAAUCUUCAAACGGUUGCAAAGGUCGCUGCUGUUUGCAAUGAUGCUGGCGUUGAGCAAUCUGGGAAUCAUUUUGUUGCCGUUGGAAUGCCCACUGAAGCAGCACUAAAGGUUUUUGUUGAGAAAAUGGGAUUGCCUGAAGUUUAUGGUUCUUCAGACCAUGCAGAUCCUCAACGUUGUUCUCAACUAUGGAACAAAAUGGAACAACGAAUUGCAACUCUUGAGUUUGACCGAGAUAGGAAGUCCAUGGGAGUUAUUGUGAAUUCAAGCUCAGGAAGAAAAUCAUUGCUAGUGAAGGGUGCAGUGGAAAAUUUACUUGAGAGAAGCUCCUUUGUCCAGCUUCUUGAUGGUUCUAUUGUAGAGCUGGACGCAUGUUUUAGGGACUCAAUUCUACAAAGUCUUCAUGAAAUGUCAACAAGAGCAUUACGUUGUCUGGGUUUUGCAUACAAGGAGGAACUUUCAGAGUUUGCUACAUACAAUGGUGAUGAAGACCAUCCAGCUCAUCAGCUUUUGCUUAAUCCAUCCAAUUAUUCUUCGAUCGAGAGCAACCUUAUUUUUGUGGGUUUAGUUGGUCUAAGGGAUCCUCCUCGGAGAGAGGUUCGUCAAGCAAUUGAAGACUGUAAGGCUGCUGGAAUUCGUGUUAUGGUUAUUACAGGAGACAACCAGAAUACAGCCGAAGCUAUUUGUCGUGAAAUUGGCGUGUUUGGAGCUCAUGAAGAUAUUAAAGCAAGAAGCAUAACUGGAAAGGAGUUUAUGAAUCAUCCUGCUCAGAAAAAUCAUCUAAGACAGAGCGGAGGUCUCUUAUUCUCCAGGGCCGAACCAAGGCAUAAACAAGAAAUAGUGAGGUUGCUGAAAGAGGAUGGGGAAGUGGUUGCCAUGACUGGAGAUGGAGUCAACGAUGCACCUGCCUUGAAGUUGGCCGAUAUUGGAGUAGCAAUGGGCAUUGCUGGCACAGAGGUUGCAAAAGAAGCUUCUGACAUGGUGUUGGCAGAUGACAAUUUUAGUACCAUAGUUGCUGCUGUGGGUGAAGGCAGAUCUAUCUACAACAAUAUGAAAGCUUUUAUCAGGUACAUGAUAUCGUCCAAUAUUGGUGAGGUUGCCUCUAUAUUUUUGACAUCUGCUUUGGGAAUUCCAGAGGGUAUGAUCCCUGUUCAGCUCCUCUGGGUUAAUCUGGUUACUGAUGGACCUCCGGCAACUGCUCUAGGGUUCAACCCUCCAGACAAAGAUAUAAUGAAGAAGCCACCCCGAAGAAGUGACGACUCAUUAAUUACUCCUUGGAUCCUAUUCCGCUAUCUGGUUAUUGGAUCCUAUGUUGGGAUAGCAACAGUUGGGAUAUUCAUUAUAUGGUACACACACCACACAUUCUUGGGCAUUAAUCUCAGUGGAGAUGGCCAUAGUAUCGUUACCUACUCUCAACUUGCUAACUGGGGUCAGUGCUCUUCAUGGAAGAAUUUCUCAGCCUCGCCCUUCACAGCUGGGUCACAAGUGUUUGAAUUUGAUUCAAAUCCAUGCGAGUACUUCCACUCGGGGAAAAUCAAAGCCUCAACUCUCUCCCUCUCUGUCCUGGUUGCCAUUGAAAUGUUCAACUCUCUUAAUGCGCUCUCGGAAGACUCAAGCCUGUUGGCAAUGCCCCCUUGGGUCAACCCAUGGCUUCUUCUGGCUAUGUCCGUUUCGUUCGGCCUUCACUUCUUGAUUCUCUACGUGCCAUUCCUCGCACAAGUUUUUGGUAUUGUGCCACUUAGCCUUAAUGAAUGGCUUUUGGUUGUGGCUGUUGCUUUUCCAGUUAUUCUAAUAGAUGAAGUUCUCAAGUUUAUUGGGAGGUGUACAAGUGGAUUGCGCUAUGCUCGUCCAAGCAAGCUCAAGGCAGAAUGAAAAUUUGAUUAGUUAGAUUUAGUAGACAUGAAUUGUUACAAAACUUUAUCAGUAUCUGUUUGGACAUAAUAGUACUCUUCACUUAAGUUUCCAUUAUAAAUUAAAGAUUUAAGUACCAUUUUAGUCCCUCAACUUUUCACAAUUAAAUGCAAGGGAUUUUU